AUGGAAUUAGACGGUAACGCAGUUCUGGCGAAGUCACUACGGGAGCAGGGUAUUGAAUAUGUGUUCGGCAUCGUUGGAAUACCUGUUGUUGAACUGUCGAUGGCCAUGCAGGCCGAAGGGCUGAAAUACGUUGGAAUGCGCAACGAACAAUCGGCUUGCUACGCUGCACAAGCCAUCGGAUAUUUGACUGGCAAACCGGGAGUAUGUUUGGUUGUUUCAGGACCGGGAUUGCUGCAUGUGACUGGAGGAAUGGCGAAUGCGCAAGUAAAUUGCUGGCCGCUGUUGGUUAUCGGUGGUUCAACAUCCCAGGACCAUGAGGGUAUUGGUGGAUUUCAAGAGUGUCCUCAAGUGGAGUUGAGUAGACCAUACUGUAAAUAUGCAGCAAGACCUCCAAGUGCGGCCUUAAUUCCGAUGCACGUAGAAAAGGCUGUACGCUUAGCGUGUUAUGGUAGGCCUGGGGCAGCGUACCUGGACUUCCCAGGCAAUCUUUUGACUGCAAAGAUAGAGGAGGAUGCUAUACCAAAGCAGUAUGUCCAUCCGCUUCCUCCGGUACCAUUUCCGGAUCCGAAGCUUGUUGAAGAAGUAGCACAACUUCUUUAUACUGCAAAGCGUCCGUUAGUGAUUGUUGGCAAAGGCGCAGCUUAUGCCGGAUCAGAGUUGCAAGUUCGUCAGUUGAUACACCAAUCCAAUCUUCCGUUUCUUCCCACGCCUAUGGGAAAAGGGGUCGUACCAGAUCUUGACCCUCAGUGCAUAGCUCCUGCUCGUACGUUAGCACUGCAAAAAGCGGAUGUUGUACUGCUGCUAGGCGCUCGCUUGAAUUGGAUAUUGCAUUUUGGCCGCCCGCCGCGUUAUAGUUCGGAUGUAAAAAUUAUUCAGGUCGACGUUAAUGCGGAAGAAAUGCAUAACAGCGUUCCCAGCAAGGUGGCAGUUCAAUCGCAUAUUACUCCCUUCACUGAGCAACUGAUAGAUGCACUAGCAAAGAAACGUUUCCGCUUCGGCUACGAUAACGAGUGGUGGAAGGACCUGCGGACAAAGUGUGAGAAAAACCGUAAAACGGUCGAAGAGAUGGCACUAAACGUUGAAACUCCCUUGAAUUACUAUGCGGUAUUCCACCAUUUGCAACAGUACAUUCCUAAAGAUGCUAUCAUAGUCAGCGAGGGUGCUAACACGAUGGACAUUGGUCGUACCCUUUUGCAUAACAAGCUUUCGCGUCAUCGUUUGGAUGCUGGAACUUUUGGUACGAUGGGUGUAGGUCCGGGAUUCGCAAUUGCUGCGGCUCUUUACUGUAGAGAUCACUGUCCGGGCAAAAAGGUGAUUUGUGUGGAAGGAGAUUCUGCAUUCGGGUUUUCGGGAAUGGAGCUGGAAACAAUGGUACGCUACCAGCUGCCUAUAGUAAUAGUUAUAGUAAACAACGGAGGAAUAUAUGCUGGAUUUGAUAAGCAAACAUACGAUGAUAUGCGUUCCGGUGGUGAUCUAACGCAAGUUACCCCAGCUUCAGCAUUGACGCACGAGACACGCUACGAAAACAUGUUGAGCAUGUUCGGUAUGAAGGGCCAUUUCGUACGCAACAUUUCGGAACUUCAAAAUGCCGUCAAGGAAUCUCUUACGGCCACAGACCGGCCAAACAUCAUAAAUGUUGCAAUUAGUCCGCAGGCGGAUCGUAAACCACAAGACUUUAAAUGGCUCACAGAAUCGAAGCUUUAA